CAAUGUUUUUUUCUUAGCCCCGAAGAGACGCAUUACGCCAGUGUCAUUGAACGCAUCAGUAUCCUUUAGCUGUCUGUGAAUUGAGAAAUUCUUACAAAUUGUGCCUUACAAACGACACGUAGGUUACUGUUAUUGUAAAGAGGCUUUGCCAGAAUGGCGCGCGGGCAUCAAAAACUUCAGUCCCAGCAGAAAAAUGCAAAGAAACAGACGGAGAUGAAGAAGGCAAAGGGUCAUGACCAAAAGACAGCCGCCAAGGCAGCACUAGUGUUCACCUGCCUGGUGUGCCGGACCCAGAUGCCUGACCCAAAAACCUUCAAGCAACACUUUGAGAGCAAGCAUCCGAAAUCCCCUCUGCCCCCCGAGUUAGAAGGAGUGGAGGCAUAAACGGUCACCAUGGAUACCAAACCCAUUCAAUGCCCUGCACCAACUCUGCACCAACUCUGCACUUGUCUCAGUCUAACAGCAAUGGAUGAAUCAAUGUAACCAACUAAAAUAGUUAGCUAUAUUUACGUAGGCUUUGACGGGCCAGGUUGCUUUAACACAAUGCUUUCCCCCCCUCCCCCCUCUCCAGUCCUCUUUUCACUUGUGGUUAAAUAACUUGCCGGGCUAAACUUAAAUACUGGUUUUAAUUCCAGGGCCACAGUCACUGCCCUGAUGUCUUAUGCACAUAGGAGUAUUUCUAGCUGCUAGCUCUUGUACCUCUCUAACUCAAGCUUCAAUUAAAUCAAUUGUUUGAUAAACCUAUAAAGCAAAAAGACAUAAUGUUGUAAAGGCAUAAAGUGUCUUCAAACAAAGCAUGGGAUUGGCUUGGGUGGGAAAAUUCAGAUUUAAAAUUAGCUACAAUCAAGACAAUGGCAGAUGUGACCUUGUCUUUUUUUAUUUGUGCUUCAAGCAUUCAAUCAAACUGAGGCUGUGGCAUUUUUUUCUCAUAUCAGUUGUUCAAUAUUGAAUUCUUCCACAGUCUGCCGUUUUAAACUGCAAUCUUUCACCUAGCUAAUCAUAAUUUCAUGUUGGGUAAAAAAAAAUGUGAAUUGUCACAGGCGAGUGUAAGCAACUUGUGAACACUUGGAUACGAAUGAAUGAAUGCUCCAAUUAUGUAUAAUAACAUUUUAUUAAAUUUUACUUUGUUGUAUA